UCAGUCCAUGAAUAACAAUAUCUUAACUCCACGCAAUUUUAUUGAUUCCCAGUAAAAAUUUAGUUUAAGUGGUGUAGUCGUUACAGUAUUAUUCAUAGUUUUUCAUAUUUAUUGUACCAUCCCUAACAUGGAUGCAUUGGGUGUGAUUGAAAAACGCAUUGAAAACUUAAACCAAUUGUUAGGGCCUCUGCCAACGGAUGAAAGUCAGUCGGAAAACCUAACAGAUGCGAUACUGUCGGCUUCGUCGUUUCUGCCGUCAGCAAGCACCGGUCAUCUAGCCGACGGAGCAGCUCGCGGUGCAAUCCUGGAGACGUUCAAGCGAAAAGACGAGCUAGAAGCUUAUCUGGAUCCAGCAUAUCUCGAGGAGAAGCAGGACAUAAAAGCCAAGGAAAUGUACAUCAACACGAUAGCGAAUGAUCUGGCAGGUACGUUCGAGACUCUACAAAAAAUCAAAGCCCUGGAACCGACGCUAGGUGCGGAGUACUUCCGAAACUUGCCCGACGUUAGCGACCAGUUAAAAAACAUGACUACGACAGCAGGAGAGCAAAAGCAGGCCAAUGAACUGCUUGAAGAAAGUCUUGUGAUCGCGAUGCAGCGCUACAGUGAAAUCCAAACUGGUAUCAAGGAUUCCCUCAAAGCCAUGACCGACCGAUUGGAUCAGCUGGAAGAGCGCCUAGCGCAAAAGAAAAAGCAGGAUAAAGAUAUCUGAGCAUACAGUUGGCAGUUGAUGUGUAGAAGCUGACUUUAGCUCGUUAAAGGGUGUAAUCGAUGACAUGAGCGUCAUUCAAAUAAAUUUAUUAAUCCAUUAGUCCAUUCACUCAUCUAAUCGUAUUGUUUGAAAAUUAAACUGCUUUAAAAUGCCAGCUAAAAGUAUCGCUUACUACUGUUUCUUUCACAUGAUUUCUUUAACAUCUCGUUUGAUAUUUUUAUAUAAUUUUAUUACUGAUGGUGUAAUCUUUCACAUUCUUCAGUCGUUAUCUGUCUGCUUUACGCCAGGAAUUGCUUGGAAAUUAAAUUAAAUUGAAAACUACGCCUUAAUGCGUUAAAC